UCCAAAUAACUGAAAAAUAAAUACACGUGAAAGCCAUUUAGGCAUUACAGAAGAGAAUGGCAGACUUUAAUGAAGGUGUUGAUGGGAAAUUGGCUUUUCGAAUGCGAAAAGUCAAUCCCGAACAGUUUCAUACGCUCGUCAAGAUGCAUUUAUCUUUUGAACUGGAUCUCAAUACGGAGGAUAAUGAUUGUAUUAUCGAAAAGGCGAAAUUAAAAAAAUGGGGUAUAUUGAAUUUUGCAAGGAAACCAAAGUCAACUAUUAAUCUACAAAAAGUAGAAGGUGCUAGUCUAUCUGAAAAUGGAAUAAAUCAAGUUAAACAAUUAAUAGAAUACUUAUCCAAAGAACAAAGUAUUAUACAGGAAGGAAUAUUUCGACGUACAGGGAAAUUGACAAGGCAGCAAGAUCUGAAAAGUGCACUUUACCAAGGUGUUCCAUUAAAUCUUGAAGAUGGUCGAUUUAGCGUACACGAUUGUGCAUCUGUUUUAAAAGGAUUUUUAGCAGAGCUAUCUGAACCUCUCUUAACAGAUCUCCAUUUUCCAGCUCACUGUCAAAUUGCUGAAUUGUGCAAUUUGAAUGACAACACGAACGAAGCCAGAUUACUUAGAUCCUUGCAAUUGCUUUUAUUGCUUUUACCACCUCCAAAUAGGCAUAUAUUGAAAUGUGUCCUUAAUCUCCUCAAUAAGACGGCAACUUAUGAACAUAAUAACAAAAUGAACUGUGAUACUCUUGCUACUCUAUUUACUCCUCAUCUAUUGUGUCCACGAAAAUUAUCACCUGAGGCAUUACAUACUAAUUCACAAAAUUUGUCGUGUUUGGUCGCCUUUAUGAUUAAAAAAGGUAUGGAAUUAUUUGAUAUACCUCCAAAAUUGGCAACCGAUAUAAGGGCUUAUUGGAUAGAACAGGAAAGAAAAUUAUUAAGUCCUAAAAAGACAGACUCGAAUGAAUCUGUACCAGACACUACAGGCACGGCGCAUACUGUAUUCAGUUUCGUUGACCAUAAAUUGACGGCAAAAGCUAAUUCCACUCAAGAUACUCAGGCAGCUCUUGCUCAGCUUUAUGCUCAUAUACAAGCAAUGCCAGAGUCUGCAAAAAAACGAAGACUUGUAAAGCAAUUUAAUAAGGAAAAUGGUCAAGGUACACCCAGGCACGUGAAAAAUGUUCGAACCAAGAGUCUUGGGGAUUCGAUAAAGAAGCACAUCUUUCAAAGGAAACUUUUGGGUCAUAAAAAAUUCAUAGAUAUCAAUAUUGGAUGCAACAUUACCAGAUCUAGUAGCGAGGAAAAUAUAUUGUCUACGAGUCUUGAAAAGCCAUUCUUUCAAAAAACUCGUUUCACCAAAUCGGAUGAUGAAUUUAAUUUAGAAAAUUCUGAUUCUCAUACUAAUAACCUUAUACGUACUAAACACAUUAGUAACAGUACUGGUAGCCUCAACGAGCCUACUGCAUCGUUUUAUAAAGAUAAAAGGAAAGCUAUGCUCGUGGGUCUUGUAAAUAUAACCGAUAAUAAACGCACUAAUGAACAAAGUAUUAACAAGAAAACAUCACCGAAACAGAAGAAGAAGUCGUAUGUAAAUAAUUCCGGAAGUUAUAAGACGACGAAUAGAAGUACCUUUUUACAGGAAGAUUCUUUUAAUGAUGGAGGUACAGAAAAAAUUAGUAAUUUAUCUGGUACUACUACUAUUAGAUUGUCUAGGCAAUCCAGCGAGCCACCAGAUAUCUACUCUUCUCAAAUUACAACAAAUAAAGUUGAUAGCAGUGAAUUGAUUAGACAAUAUUCUGAGCCAGUAUUUCCAAUAUCUAGAAGAAAAAAUAUAGAAGUCGCUUGUAAAUCUAGAAUCACGCAAGAUGUUGACGCAAAAUCAUCUGAGUUGACAAUAAAAUCUGAAUCAUUUACGGAGAAUGCAUGCUCAUAUCCAUCUCCAAUAGUUAAAAACAGAUUUUGGAAUGUAUAUGCUGCUCAUACUUCUACGCCAUCAAACCUUUUACGAAGGAGUUUAGUCGCUAAUGAUUACAUAUUGACACCUAUCACUAAUAAUGAUGACAAAAGCAUGAGUCCUAUCACACAAAGUGCAACUAAAAUGACAAAAGCUAUGCAGGAAACUAUGAUGACUCCACGUUCUCGUAAACCCGUCAUGAUGGUAUCAGGAUCGAAUCUUUGCAAUCUUGCCAGUAUGAAUGACAGUUCCGUACAACAUAAUAACGUUUCUAAUAACUUGCGUAGAUCAAAUAUUGAUCUCUUAGCUCAUAUGAGCUGUUCUUCUAUUUUAGAGGAAUUACGUAAACCAGAUAGUGCAGACGGUGAAUUUAUUUAUAUGGAAGGCGUUGACAUAGACGACAAAGAAAAUUGUACAGAAGAAAUAUGUCAAAAGCACAAUUUGGGUACUUCAAUAGCGGACGAUUGUUGUACCAUGACGCAACAAAGCUCUAUGUCAAUAACAAGCACAUUUAGGGAAUAUUUAUUAUCAAGAAGCGUAUUAACUGCUAGUCCUGUUGAUCUUAGUUUUACUUCGCGUACUGAUGAUUUUGAGCAAUCAGAAUCUGACCUAAAUAUUUUAAAUGAAAAUGGACUAUCUAGUAGUUUACUUCGUUGUUUAGAUGGAAACAAUCCAGAAUCUGAUACAUCUGGUAUAGCUUCUGGAAGUACGAAUAGCGCUAAUGAUUCGACAGAAAAAAUUGAAGAAACUGUUUCCCCAAGAAAACGGGGAACUAGUUUACAACGUAAUGACUCGAAAAGAUCUAUAAAGGAUAAAAAUAUAUUGAAAGGAGAACGCGGUCAAAGUUUUAAGUAUAAACAGAUAAGUGAGUCAAGAUUAAAUUCUACGAAAGUGAAAGAUACAUUUCAGGAGACUUCAUUUUAAAUUCGAGUAAAAUUACUUAAAGUAUAAGUACAAAUCAAUGUGAAUCUCAGUAUGGACACUAAUGAAAUGUAAACGUCGUGAUUUUUAGUCAAGUUUUACACUGUUGAUCGUAUAUUAUAUAUUUUCUUUUCUCUCUCUCUCUCUCUCUCUCUCUUCUUUUUAAAUAAUAGUAAGUAACCUGAUGAGUUAUCAGGAACGUUUCGUUCUUUUAAUUUUCCUUGUUUUGAAAUUAUUCAAUCUCAUAAGAUCCAUGACAACAUUAACUUUGAUGUUAUGCAUGGAAAUUUUACAAGUGUUUCUAAUUUUCUCAUAUUUCCUUCAAUUUAUUCAUAGGGGAAAAUUUUUAUUAUGCUGGGCGCAGAAAAUUUAUAUGUGACAAUUUUAUAUCAGGGUAAAACAUAUGACAUGGCUGUUUUUUUUAUGUCAUAUCUAAGAUAUGUAAUAUAUAAAUUUGAAAGUAAAGUAUCUACCAUAAUGAAAGACA